GUCGCGUCGAGACGGCACUGCAGAAGCAGGCGAGUUCGCGAGUGUAUCGAUUUUACGAUCGUGUUCCUCUCGCGGUGCUAGUGCGUCCGCCGUUUCCCUUAGUUUUUUAGUGGCCGUGCACGUCGUACAUGGAUAAAACUGUGAAUGGGAUUACCCGCUAGACACGCCGCUCCGUAUACCGCCCGCUGACUCGCAACUCCUCGUCACCCUUCACCAUGACCAAGGAUAGAUUAGCAGCCCUCGUCGCGGCCCAGUCGGACGACGACGAUGUGGCGGACGAUGUGUCCGUCAACGUCGGGGCGCCGGAUGAUUUCAUGACGGAAUUUUUCGCAGAGGUGGAGGAAAUCCGUGAAUUGAUAGAUAGUAUCCAGAGGAAUGUGGAAGAUGUGAAGAAGAAACAUAGCGCCAUUCUGUCUGCGCCGCAAACUGAUGAAAGGGUGAAACAAGAGUUGGAAGAUCUGAUGACCGAUAUCAAGAAAACGGCUAACAAAGUGAGGGCUAAAUUAAAGGUGAUAGAGGAAAGCAUCGAACGAGAUGAGCACACGAACAAAUCAUCGGCGGAUCUCAGGAUACGCAAGACUCAGCAAUCGACGUUGUCCAGGAAGUUCGUCGAGGUGAUGACGGAGUACAAUCGAACACAGACCGAUUACAGGGAGCGGUGUAAGGGGAGAAUACAACGACAGCUCGAAAUCACGGGGAGAACGACAACUAAUGAAGAGCUCGAAGAGAUGCUGGAGCAGGGAAAUCCAGCCGUUUUCACGCAAGGGAUCAUCAUGGAAACGCAACAAGCAAAACAGACUCUCGCGGACAUCGAGGCGCGUCACGCUGAUAUCAUUAAACUCGAAAACUCCAUCAGAGAACUCCACGACAUGUUCAUGGACAUGGCCAUGCUGGUGGAGAGUCAGGGUGAGAUGAUAGAUCGCAUAGAGUACCACGUGGAACACGCGGUGGACUACGUGCAGACGGCCACGCAGGACACCAAAAAAGCACUCAAGUAUCAAAGCAAAGCCCGACGGAAGAAGAUCAUGAUCAUGAUUUGCCUUGCUGUAUUGGGCGUUGUUGUUGCCACCACCAUCGGUGGAUACUUUGGACUGUGAACGCCAAAGCCAGGCAGAGAAAUCCACAGACAUCAGCAGCACCAUGUACCUAAUUCCGAACCGCCGGCAGCGUCAGCGUUCACUUAUAUCGUUUCGAUAUGUGAAGCUGAUUGUCGUACGAACGAGAGAGGAUCGUCACUGUCAAAGGUGCCACCAUUGGCGCGCUUCUAUCGUAACACCCAUCAUCGCUAGAGCCUUCAGUCUAUUACACACGCUCCCCAGCUCGACACGAAGUAAACCGAAGAGAGGAGGGAUUAUCGUCGUUAUCGUAGUCAUCGUUGUUUGCGUUAUCGUCGACGUCACCGUCAUCGUCCUCAUCAUUAUCGUCGUCGUUACAUUUGUGCCACCCUCGUUUCGAAAGUCUUCUCCGAUAGCUAGACUAGCAUGUUAGUUGCGUCCGAUAUGAAGGUAGGAGAUGAAGAGAGAGGGGGAGGGAGAGAUGUACUAAAAGAAGAGCAAGCAUUUCUCGUUUUUCUUAUAUUAAAACUGUCAUAUUGAAUCAGUUGUAUUUUUCUGUCUGCUUUACCAACUUACUUAUCUCGCGACAAAAUUUCGAUUGCAAGCUCUCUUUACGUGUGUGUCCUUGUCGGUCCUCUUUCUUUCCUCCUUCUCCCAUGACCUGUCUGUCCAGCUAUUCUGGAUCUGCGGCAAAAAGAGAUAAAAUGAGAUAAUAAACGACAGAGACCUCGAAUGGAACGGGCUGAGGAAAUUGACGCUUGUCUCUCUAGAACGCGACUGGAACUGUCGAUCGAAGAUACGCACGUACGCGUCGAUCAGACGACAUCUCCGAUCGAUACUGUGACACAGCGCCGUCGUUCUAUCAUUGACAGGACGACCAAUUGACACGAGGACACUGCCGAUGUUCCCUCCUCCAUCCUCCUCUCUCUUACACGGUCCAUCUAAACACCACGAGGAUAUGUUUAGUCUGGCGAUCCGCAUCCAUCUCGCGACUCGAGCCUGACACCCAAUGGUGCUUUUCUGUGUAACGCGAAAGCGACGAAUGGAAACUGUUUCUUUCACUGUGAUUUGCACACCGAGGAUUUGGGACGAGUCACUUUCCAGUCACAUUCUGAAGAUGUGUUUCGCUUGUUGAUCCGAUUUUCGCGCCGGUGUUGGCUUUUACGCGAGAGAUAAACCGCUGACCAAAACCAUUUGUACGCCAAAUUUGCGACUAGAUUUGAUCUAGGUGUUAGAGAGAUUGUACUUUCCACUAGUGUGUAUCACGAUACAAUUAUUAAAUAAAUAAUUGAAAUUGUGUGAUAUUAAUAGUUAGCAAUGAUAAUUUUUAACAAUUUCUAUAGUGCAUCUCGUGCCUCGGAAAUUGUUCCCAGCUUUGAACACAUUUUUCUGAAUCUUUUUCUGAAAAUUAACAAAUUUUAGAAUAUUUGGCGGAUAAAGCAUAUACACUGAAAGAAAAUUAGUGGAUAUCGCUUGAAUAGAUGUAUUGAAUAGCACACUGGUUAAGCAAUAUCCGUUAAUCUCGAUCGAGAUACUCCGCGACCAGCGGUUUAACCCUCGGCUAUACAUAUCAAUGUAAUGUUUACUUACACUACACCUCUCUGUAUCCGAACGUGAGGAAUAUCAGCUAGAUGACGUUUCUUCUUGGGUCAAUACUUGCAUUCGCCGAAAAGAGCGUGUCGUCAAGCUGGAGAGCCAUAAAGAUUAAAUUUAUCGCUCGAGAGACGCAUAAUUCAGGACCAGUAUUGCACCAGUAUUGGCUAAUUACGAUUCGUCAAGUUUUCUUUCCAAGCACAUUAAAGACAAAGAGGCAUUUAACAGUGUACAGUUAAAUCAAAGAGCUUAUAUAAUAAUGAAACAUUCCCCCCAUCUUAAGCUUGUUAUUAUUUGACCUUAAUUAACUAAUAUUGUCGAUGCAAUCAGUCCUUCGAGUACUUUAUUGACUUACGAUAAUAGGAGCAUUAAGAUGAGCAACGUGCUUUUUAUAACGAGUACUUUGAUUAAAAGGUAAAAGAUGUUAUCUUAUUUAUUACAGUAACAGCUGACUCGAGAAGGUAUUUCGACCAAUAGGUGUUCAGUGAAAAAAACAAUCAAUUCUUUCUAAAUAUUUCUAUUUAGCUGUAAUUAGAAUAUCGCGAUAUAGCGAGGUGUAGACGAAGCAAUUGCAUCUUUCUGUCGACGCGCACGGCGUUUCUUCAGAAUGUAGCAGAGAGAAGCGACGACGCAAGUGUCAAGUAUGCCAGAGAUUUCGAAUAGAUUUAGUACAGUACACGCGCGCGCGCGCGUUAUUAUCUGAUAUUUUUACCGCGUCGAUAGCUUUAUGAUUUUCGAUUUCGUGUUGCACAAAACGCCAUUAGGUAUUAGGCGAUAUAACGACCGUCAAUGUGGAUUCUCAAUCGUGACUUUCGUUUUGAAUGAAUAGCUGCUUCUUGACGCCAUUUCUUGACGAACCCUCGACAAAAAUCAUUUCCUGCAGUGAUUCUGCUAAUUUUCAACUAUAUUUCUGUAAUUAAUCAAGAUCGUUUGUGUAACAUAUACAAUGAUGAUUAUAAAGUACAAUCUAGAUGAUAAUUUCUCUCGUGUUAGUGAUAUGCAAUGUAACAAUUUUUAAAUUAUAUGAGGGUUCACGAAAUUAAGUACGCAGAAAGUGUAUUAUCUGAAAUGAUGAAAUUCAACGUCGACGGAACAAGAGAGGGCACGAUAAGUGGAAAAGCAACGGAGAAUGCGAGAGAGAGAGAGAGAGUAAGAAAAAUAUGGAUGCGUGUGUGUAUGUGUGCGGGUCUGUGUGUGUGUAUGUGCGCGUACAUAAAAGCCGAGAAAAAGAGCCAUUAAGCUACAGCAAUAAUAUAAUACAAUAUAUAUAGGUGUUACGAAAAAAAAUAAUUAAGAAGUAAUCUCAUUGACGGAAUGAACAAGAAUGAGUUAAAUGCGAUGAACGUAUAUAUAUGCGAUAUUGUAUGUAUACACAUAUAUAUACAUAUACAUAUUAAAAAAGUGUAUGUGUAUAUACACAUAUACAUAAUAGGUAGAUAGAUAGAUAGAUAGAUAGAUAGGGAGAAGCGAUAUGAUUGAGCAAAAGGAAUAACAUUAUUAAUAACGACAGCAUUCGUAUAUUGCUCCUCGACAGAUUAAUCGGGCAGAGUGCUGGCAACGUUAAUGUGUGUUAAUGUUUUGUUGAGUAUAUUGUAAUUAUUACGAACGUUGAGGAGUGCGUACAUUCUACGGAGGAGUAUGAAUUAAUGUUUAAACGAAGAAGAGAAGGAAAGAGAAAGGAAAUAUAACGUAUAAAGGAAAGAAAUAAAAUUUACGCAGUGCACGUAAAGCGCGCGUUGCUGUAAUAAUAAAUUAUUAAACAUUAAAUAAUAAUAACGAUGACUAAAAAUGGAUAUUACGAUCACACCUUGCAUUGUACAGAAAGCAUAAUAAUUGUUAGUUUAGGUAUAUAGAGCAUUAGAUUCUAUUACUAAUUAUAUAUAAUCCAGUACGACUAAGAUAUAGCUAAGCUUUAAUCGCGUAAUCCUUCUGUCACGAGUUACGAUGGUCGUCGAUAUAGGUAAUACCAUUUUCUGAUAAUUAUUAUUCAGCUAAUCAAUGGAUUUUGCGUUUAAGAAAGGAUGCCUUUAUGCUCGUACGUGUCGCGUUGAGAAGCUUUAUAUUACUCAAACGGGAAAGCAGGUAGAGCUUUUUCAUCAUUGGAGAUAUUAUCAUUAAAUAUUAUCAUUAAAAGGAUGAUGAUACGGUUGCAUGGACACAAAAGUGUCUUCUUCUCGUUGCAAGAUACGAUUCUAUCCUUUUUGCCCGUGUAAUUUCUCGUUGUAUCUCUCUGUGCUACGUCCAGUCGCCUAAUUAACGUACCGCGUGAUAUUUCACGGGAGAUACAAGUGUUUUCCUCAUUAUCGUUUCGGUUUUCGGCGUAGUCUCGUUCUGCGUGCCUGUCGUGCUCGCCUUAUUUCCUGGAUAACGCGAAUGUUGCAUACGUCGGAUACGUUAUCCACUCUCGCGGAAUCCUCCACAAUCUCGAAUCUCGUAAGUUUAGCUUUAUAGCGGACUCGUUGUGUCGGUAGGAAUUGAGAAGGAAAAGAACACUUGUCGUUGUCAAUUUCUUAUUAUUAGACAAAGAGAAAGAUUGUACAUUGAACGAAUCUGGCCUAAAAAUGUAAGGAACGUCUCUUUGUUACUAUAUUGAUCGAUCUCGAUGUCCAACUCUCGUCACAUUCCCUUGAAUCAGGGACAGAUGCUGACAGACGUCUGGAUCUUAUUGUACGUCUUUAGCGUGUACGUCUUUUAUCACUAUUGAUCUCAUUUACUCUUGAAAUAUUUUCUCUUGGCGAUUUUGUUGUCUCGUCAUCGUUAAGACGCAAGGAAAUGUAUAGUUCGAAGUUACGAUUCGAAGCAGCGAACUGUAAUAAAGUCGUUCUACCGCUCGUUAGAUUAGCGUAUCUGUGACAUCGUCGGGUCUCAAAUUGGCACAUUCUUUCCAAAUGUGCGAACCAUUCCGUGUUGGCAUUUCCUUUGUGGACGUUCCAACACCUUCUCAUUUCGAAAAGUACUGUUUCCGAGGAUAUAUAUAGUUUCACGGCAGUUUACAGUGUAGUGCAUCGAAGGAUAAAUGAUAACAAACAGCAAUAUCGGUUAUGCGAUUUCUACGUUGUCGAUUAUACUAAUUUGUCGCGACUAGUCGGAGCGUGCAUCGCGGGAGUUCGAAUAGAAAAGAAAGACAGGAAAGGUAACGCUUAAUCAUUGAAUAUUUCAUUGCAUUUAUAUGUAGAAUAGAAUAGGAAGUUCGUGCAGCGGAUCUACGUAGUGAUCUUCGGACAUACGAUCCACUUCCGAAUGUAUAGAUAUAUGCGGACAAAGAAGACGAAGAAGAAAAAAGAAAGAAGAUAAAUACGUAUGAUGAAGAACACAUGUGAUAAAACACGUGUGAUCGAUUUGAUGUCCAUGAACACGUCGCUGUCACGUCGGUGCAAUUAUUAAACAAGAGGCUACUUCAAUAAACCUUAUAAGUGUCAAUUCCAAUUUCAAGUGUAAAUCGUAAUUUCGCGGAAGUUUUAAGAGAGAAGAACAAGAAAUGAAUGAGAGAAAAGAGACGAAAGGGAGAAAGGGAUAAUGCAGCGUCAGAGAAGAUAGAAGAAUCUUCAAACGGGGUUUCACGUAAAAAAUAAGGGUCGCGCGCGCGCAUAUUCUGGCGAUACGCGGCAAAGUGAGAUUAUUCGUAAACUUAACUUAUCGAAACUGAAAAAAGAUUUAUUAGGGACGAAAGAGAGCGAGCGAGUGAGAGAGAGAGAGAGAGAGAGAGAAAUCGCAUGUGCGUGUGUGAGAGAAUGAGAACGAAUGGGAAAUAUGUUAAAUAUAUUAGACUAAAAAACAAAAAUUAAAUAGUAGCACGUGCAGAAAUAAUAGAAAUAAUGGAUACUUUUUAUUGUAGGUAUGUCAUAUAGGUUCAUGAGAUUCAUAAAAGUAAUAAAAAAAAGCAUAUUAUAUCUUAACAUGAAUACUUACUGAAGAAAACUCUAAGUCAACGGUGUUUUUUCUGCCUAUACGUAUAUCUGGCGUCUCGCGUUUAAUUCUGCAAACGAGCGCGCUGUAUAACUACUCUCCACGUAUAAGAAACUAAACGCUGAACGAAAAACUAAAAAAAGAGCAUAAAAAACAACAGACGCGUCGAUAGAUUUAUUACUGAUUAGUCAUCCUUGCGUUCUUGUCUAAUUAAUGAUUGACUAUUAAUAUUAUUAUUACUAUCAUCAUUUUGACACUGUACAAAGUUGGCAAUAAUCUUAAGAGAGAUCAUCUAUAAGUGCUCCCACACACGCAUAAUCGAAUUCGUUCAUUCGUUCGUUCGGGGAUCAGCGAUGUGAGAUGACUUGGCCGAUUCCGAACGAAUCUUUUUUUUUUGGCCCUACAAGAAAACCGACGAACAAUAGGAAUGUGCACGAAACGACGUUCCGAGAGACGUUUUAAACAGGUCUGCUCCGUGAAUGGUCAUGCUAUAAUUCUAUUCCUUUCACAUAGCGAUUUACAAACACUAAAGAUUUGUCCCUAAAGAUUUGACAAACGAAGAAUACAACAGAAUAAAAUAUAAAGAAGGAGAAUCUAAUAAAGAUUUCUAAGACUAAUUUGUUGAAAUUUCUUUCAUAUUUGACAAAUUUUAUAUUUGCAUCUUUGAUAGAAAGCAAAUUCUUUUCUUUGAUGCGACCAUUCACGGAUUAGAAAGCGUUUUAAUUUACUAAAAUUGUUUUAAAGUCUCUUAUCCACCUUUACACUUGAAGAUUUCAACAACAUCGAUUAAUCCUGAUUAUAGUUUAUACAAGUGUUUUACUUUUGAUGCUACAACUAGAAAAGGAUAGAACGUUCCAUUGAAACACGUUUAAGAUUGGUCGAUGUUGAUGAAAUAAAUAUAACGAAACGAAAACGGCGUUUCUCGGAGACUUUUGCGUUGUUUGAAUGUAGCAACGAUUAAUUCUACAGUAGAGAUAACAUGUGAUUAAGUGAAUGUGCCCAUUCAUCGUAUAACUAAGCACAAAAGGAAAUCCCUCUACGAGCGUAGCAGAGUAGGCCUCUAGCCGUGCAUCCGGCAAAGAAUUCAGCUGCCUUCGAGAGCAUCGCUCUAUAAUCUUGUCUCGCUAGCCAUGCGAACGAGUUCACUUAUACUUGCUUUACUUGCGAGACGUGUGUCGUUUCCGCGAUGGAAGUCGAUACUGUUAUCAGCAGAACUCUUAUUAUUUCGGAUUACAUAUAUGGUGAUGCUCAAACGGCUAGCGAGAGAAACUUUAUUGCGAAAUCCGGUGUACUGAAUGCAGUUAGAAGUCGCCGGAUUACGUCACAAUGAGUC